AUGGCCAGCACCGUAUCCGCCUACAAGGAGAAGAUGAAGGAGUUGUCUGUGCUGUCUCUCAUCUGCUCCUGCUUCUACUCACAGCCCCACCCCAACACCAUCUACCAGUAUGGGGAUAUGGAAGUGAAACAGCUGGACAAGCGAGCCUCUGGCCAGAGCUUCGAGGUCAUCCUCAAGUCUCCUUCUGACCUAUCUCCAGAGAGCCCUGUGCUCUCCUCUCCCCCCAAGAGGAAGGAUGCUUCCUUGGAGGAGCUGCAGAAGCGGCUGGAGGCAGCUGAGGAGCGGAGGAAGACGCAGGAGGCUCAGGUGCUGAAGCAGCUGGCAGAGCGGCGUGAGCAUGAGCGUGAGGUGCUGCACAAGGCGCUGGAAGAAAAUAAUAACUUUAGCCGCCUGGCGGAGGAGAAGCUCAACUACAAGAUGGAGCUGAGCAAGGAGAUACGCGAGGCUCACCUUGCAGCCCUGCGCGAGCGGCUGCGUGAGAAGGAGCUGCAUGCCGCUGAGGUGCGCAGGAACAAGGAGCAGCGGGAGGAGAUGUCUGGCUAAGGAGCAUUGGACCCAGCAGCGAUGAGAACAUUUUUGGGUUUUUUGUUUUGUUCAAUUCUGUCUAGAUGCAAAUUUUGUUCCUGCUCCUACCCGCUUCCCUGUACCCCCAGCUUCCUGCUUCUCUUCCCACACUGAACUGUCUAGUCCUUAAAACGUGUCUGACUUUGGGCUCUCCCUAACGGAGCUCCCUAGGCAGGAGGUAUGGUCCCCUGUUCAGACACCAG